UGUUAUAUUCUCCGUAUGCGUACUGUGGUUAUAGUCGCCUAUGCUCAAAAUGAUACUCCGCCAAGUGUCCAUUCAGCUAUCGACAUGGUAGAAAAUGACUAAGUCUAAACUUUCCAAACCAAAAACUAACGUCGGAUAUGGAACCCCAGGUUCAACUGACUUUAGAUGCAAACUGCCUAAAAACAUUACUAUAUCAGGGAUCAACACGGCAUUAUAUCAUAUUCAGAAAAAUCACCUCGAUCAAGCAGUCCUGAAAGAUGAUCAUAUAGAUUAUGUUGUGAAUGAGUUAUGCUCUAUCUACCCAAACCUGAACAGGAAUAUCUGCCGUCAUUAUUGUAUUUCAUCAGUUAACAAUAAUGAGAAUGUCCGAACAGAUUCAUGCUCAGAUAAUUACAUUUCUGACUUAAAUGAUGAAGAUCAAGAUACUUUGAUUUUGAUCCAAGAUGGCGCUGACAUGUUUGAAGGUCAAGUUGAGAAUCCUCUCGAUACUGCUGAUUUGAAUAUCAAUGAAAACUCGCCCAGUUCCAUAAGAACUGAACUUCAACAAGUAUCGCGGGAUAAUCCUAAGGACAAUGAAGUCCUAAACAAUGGUGUACCUCAUCAACUUGAAAAUAGAGUCAGGGAUUUGGAAUCCGUUGUAAAAGACCUCCGAGCCCAGUUGCUGUCUGUACAAGAGAAGAUCGCACAGUCCACAAGCAAUGGAAAGUGUAGAAAGAUGCUCAAUGGUACUGCUAAUCGCAUUGUCCUCUCAACAAAAGGAUAUAACUUUACUACUCACAUGACCACCAAUGAAGCAGAAAUCGAUCCUGCCACGGCAAGAACAAAUGAUCUGCAUUGUCACGAACAAAACCAACCUUCAAUGGAUGAACAGCUACGUCACUACCGAGCAAGACAUCAACUCAUGAGAGCUUCAAUUAGUAAUUCUUCGACAUCUGUACAAGAUGCUCAUUCAGCCGAUAUCCUUAUAGUUGGUGAUUCCAUGAUAAAGGGCAUCAUACCUUCUAGGCUGUCAAAGAGACCCGUUAAAUGCAAAACACUUCGAGGCGCUCGCAUUGGAGACGUCUGCGACAUUGUCUGCGAGGAAGCUAUUCAGCUUAAUGCUAAGGAAGUUCUUCUUCACUUCGGCUCCAAUGAUAUUUCCUCUCAUGACGCAGCUGAAAUAGUCGCAAAGCUUGAAUCAUUAGCUGAACAGAUUACUGAUUUAACCCCAGCGAAGAAAAUUUGCUUCUCAACUAUAAUCCACCGUCGCGGAGAAUCAUCGAGCUGCUACGAGAAAGUGAGUUGUGUAAACGCGGCUUUGAAACUUCUAGCCAAUCAACGAAGCUGGGCUGUCGUAGACAAUGACAACGUCACGCCUGACAUGCAUCUUGCCGCUGAUGGCGUUCACCUAAAUGGCACCGGUGUACGUGUACUGGCACAAAACAUCAUCGCUUAUCUUCGCAGUUUAGCUUCACGAUCGGCGUUUCGCCCAUACGACGCUUCUCCCACUGUCGCCAGCAAUCAGGAAAGAACAAACAACAAGUUGUCUCAACCCAUGAACCAACCUCAGCCUUUUUGGCAAGCCAAGAAAGCGAAAUUUCGCAAGAAACCGUCUCGCCGAGUCUUUCCAAGAGAUUGGUUAGAUUGUCUUCAAACAGCUCGGAAACUUCUCAACGACAGGAAUUAGACAAUAACUACACAGACUUAGUGAACAACUGCAAAUACUACGAACUUGAAGAUGGUUCUUUUCCCCAACUUCCCGGACAUGGACUGAAAAUUGGUCACGUUAAUAUUAAUUCACUUCCAUCGAAGAUAGAGGAAUUAAGACUCAGUCUAAGAAAUAAAACUUUUGAUAUUCUAGCAAUUACGGAGUCGAAAUGUGAUGACACAAUCACAGAUCCUGAACUCUACAUAGAUGAUUAUAGCAUUGUUCGGAAUGAUCGAAAUAAGCAUGGGGGCGGUGUAGCUCUCUAUAUAAGUUCCAAUGUAUCGUUCAAACGACUUAUUACUCAUUGUGAAUGUGAUAUUGAAGCAAUCUGUAUAAACGUUACAAGUAAAACUACCGAACCCAUAACUAUAUGUGUCGUUUAUAGACCACCAAAUUCCCCUGCAUGCGUAUUAGAUUCAAUUAAUGAUAUGGUUGGCAACAUAGUAACUCUUGUGAAUAAUGAUGUAAUUGUACUUGGCGAUUUUAACUGUGACAUGAGCCCUACAAAGAAUGAUCCAUGCUCGAAUACAUUACAAUCAAUUAUGUCAGGGUUAUUAUUCCAUCAACUUAUUGACAUACCUACUCGAGUAACAUCGUAUUCUGAAACAAUAAUAGAUUUGAUAUUUUGUACUGAUCCGGAAAAACACAGUAUAACAGGUGUAUACACGACAUCUUUCAGUGAUCACUAUCUUGUAUUUACUGUUUAUGGUAAUAAGUGUUCAAAAUCUGUUGAAAAUAUUAUCGAAUGGAGAGAUUUCAAGCAUCUGAAUACCGAAGAAUUUCAUAGUGACCUAACGGAACAAAAUCUUGAUAAAAUAUUUAACUUCAAUAAUACUAAUGAAGCAUGGAAAUUUUGGUAUACAAAAAUAAUGUCAUGUGUGAAUAAACAUAUACCGUAUAGAAGAAAGCGUCUAAGAAAAAACCCAUGCCCCUGGGUAACCGGGGACAUCAUAGUCUUAAUGAAUAAGCGCGAUCACUGUCUUAGACAGGCUAGAAAAACUUCCUCACCAGUUCACUGGAAUGAAUAUAAAUCUUUGAAAAAACAAGUUAGAUAUGAACUCAAAAGAGCAAAAACCAACUACAUGGAUUAUCUCCUCAAUGAUAAUCAUACGGCCCCGAAUGCUCUCUGGAAUGUUAUGAAAACCAUCACUAAAGGACCAAGACAAAGUGAAAAACACAUUGCCUUGGUAGCAGAGAACGGUAAUGAUAUCUCCGAGCCUAAGGAGGUGGCAGAUUGCUUUAAUGAUUAUUUUACCAACUCGAUCGAAGAACUUGUGGGUGAAAUUAAUAGUGCAAAUGAAAUCUCUCCAUUUUCCUUGACAUCUCAAUAUGAUGUUCGCACUGAAAACGUAGAAUACAAUGCACCAUUGAUUACUCACGACUUUGUGGUAAAAACUAUCAAUAAUCUCUCGUGCAAGAAAGCUACUGGACAUGAUAACUUGUCUGUAAAACUGUUAAAACUUUUAAUUACAGUCCCUAUCGUUCUGUCUACGCUUGUUUAUAUCUUGAACCUAUCAUUAAAUGAAGGACUGUUUCCAACCGAAUGGAAAACUGCUAGAAUUCAACCAAUUCCCAAAUCAGGUGAUAAAGCAUUUGUUCAGAAUUAUAGACCGAUAGCUAUUUUACCUGUGCUCUCCAAGAUCAUUGAAAGAGCUGUAAGUUCAAGCCUUCUUAAACAUCUUCUUCAACAAGAAAUACUGUCUCCAAAUCAGUUUGGCUUCAGGCCUAAUCAUUCAUGCGAGACAGCACUACUUUGUAUGGUUGAUGAUUGGUCGAAGCAGGUAGAUAAUGGGAGACUGAACGGUGUUGCAUUCAUUGACUUACGUCGUGCUUUCGACACCGUAGACCAUUCGCUUCUCCUCAAUAAACUUAAAUCAUGUGGCUGCUCUCGAUCGUGUUUAAAAUGGUUUGAGUCGUACUUAGUAAAUCGCAGACAAUUCGUUUCUAUUGGUAAUGAAAAGUCUUCUACAAAAGAAAUUAAUGUAGGUGUCCCUCAGGGCUCAAUUCUUGCCCCGGUUCUGUUCUCACUAUUUAUCAAUGACUUACCGAAUCAUGUUACUAGUGCCUCAGUGUAUAUGUACGCAGAUGACACUACUAUUUCAGUAUCUGGUAAGACUAAAACAGAGGUC